AUGGCCGUCACAAACCAGGCACUCCACUCCUCGCGCCGGAAGUCGCGCAAGGCGCACUUCAAUGCCCCCUCCAGCGUGCGCCGUGUUAUCAUGAGCGCACCUCUGUCCAAGGAACUCCGUGAGAAGCACAAUGUCCGCUCCAUCCCCAUCCGCAAGGACGACGAGGUCACCAUUGUCCGUGGUACCAACAAGGGCCGUGAGGGCAAGGUCACCAGCGUCUACCGUCUGAAGUGGGCCGUCCACAUCGAGCGUGUUGUCCGCGAGAAGUCCAACGGCCAGAGCGUUCCCCUCCCCAUCCACCCCUCCAAGGUCGUCGUCACCAAGCUCAAGCUCGACAAGGACCGUGAGCAGAUUCUGGAGCGCAUCGGCAAGGGCCGUGAGGCCGUCAAGGCCAAGUCCUCUUAA